CCAGCGGAACCGGGGCUGACCCUGCCCGGCCCCGGGAGGCCGCCCCGGGGAGGCGCUUCCUCAGGAAACCCCCCACCCGCUGCCGCCGCCGCCGCUGUCACCGCUGUCACCGCCGCCACCGGGCCAUGCCGCUGCUGAGGAGACCCCCCAAGGAGGAGGAGGAGGAGGAUGGCGACCCCUUCGCCUCCCACCCCGAGAGCCGCUACCGGCGUCGGGCCACCCUGGAGCGGCUGGUGGGGCUGGCCCCCUUCGGCCGCGCUCGCCGCGGCCCCGCCAAGGACGGGGACGGGGACGGGGGCCGUGCCCGGCGGCGCUCGGAGGAUUUCGGGCUGCUGCGGCGGCUGCCGGGGCGGAGGAAGGCCAGCGUGGAGGCCCUGGCUGAGAGGACGGUCCCCAAACGGGGCUCGCUGCUGAGGCUGGCCCUGGGGACGCGGGGACAGCGGGGGUCCGGCGGCGAGAGGCUGGCGGCCGAGGGCGAGGGGGGAUCCGAUGGGGAGCAGGACGGCGGGGGACAGCGGCCAGAGGGGCGCGGGAAGGGCAGGGAGCCCCUCUCGGUGCUGGAGAUCCUGGAGCUGAUCCAGCGCCGGGAGCUGGUGGCGGCCGACGAGCAGAUCAUCGCGCUGGAGGCUGAGUGCGUGGCCGCUGCCACCUCCUCGUCCCCGUCCCCAUCCCCAGUGGCCGGGCGGCAAACGCGGGACGUGGCUUUGCUCUACGAGGCGCUACUGGCCCAACUCUGGGCUGUGGUGGCCGAAGCCGUGCCCGCCGGCCGCCCCUACCCGCCUUUGCGCUCCGUCAUCCGGGUGCUGGAGCAGGAGGAGGCGGCCGACGGCCGUCACCCCCCGGGGACACCGGGGCGUCCCCGUGCCCUCCGCCGCCGCUGGCAGGAGGCGGUGGGGCGAGCAGCCAGCGAGCGGCUGGGGCAAGUGGCCCCGGUUGCCGGCUUGGGAGCCCGGCUGGCGGCUUUGGCCGGGCGGCUGGUGGGCGACCUGGGGGCCGUGCGGUGCCAUGUGGCCCCCGCGUACCCCCCCGAGUACGGUGCCUUCGGGGUCUACGCCCGCGGCUACCACCGGGCGCUGGCCCAGCAGCUGGCCACACUAGCCCAGAGAGCCCUGCCCGUGCCCGACCUCUACCUGCUGCUCGACUGGCACAGCAACACCUACCCCAGGGAGGUGCUGGGGCACCCCGAGGUGGGGGCCCUGCUGCAGGCGCAGGCGCUGGGACCCCUCCUGCCCCCCGAGACCCAGCGCGGCCUCGAGCACUCCUGCAUCGCCGCCGUCAAGGCGAAGGUGGAGGUGGCGGUGGCGCAGGAGCUGCAGCUCAGCGAGGACACGUGGGCGGAGGAGGCCACCAGCCAGGAGCUGCAGGAGGGACUGGCCACCCGUGUCACCGGACUGCUGCGGGCGCACGUGGACCGAGCCCCCCAGAUCACCCCCGAGUUUGGCAUGGAGAUGGCACACAGCCUGCUGGGCGUGCUGGUGGCCUUCCUGCACAGUUUCCAGCGGAAGGUGGAGCGGUUCCUGGAGGCCCCCGCUGAAGCCUCCCCACCCGACGGUGCCACCGGCUGGGCCAUCGCCCUGGUCAACUGCUGUCCCCCCUUCAGGGCCUUUGCUGAGCGGCUGGCGCAGUUCGGGCACCCCGAGAGCGAGGAGCCCCGGCGCCAGGCCCACACUGCCCUGGACAAGGUGACCCGGCUCUGCAACCACGUCCUCACCCAGCGCCUCUUCGAGGACCUCAAGCCCUACUUCAACAAGCUGAUGAAGCGCAAGUGGCUGACGAGCUCCGACGCCUUCGACACCAUCGUGAUGCUCAUCACCAGCUUCACCCAGAAGCUGCGCCCGCUGCGCCCCGAGCCCUACCAGGUGCUGGUGAGCGAGGUGCACCGGCGGGUGCUCAUCGAAUACGUGCGGCCGCUCAUGCAGGUGCGCUUGGUCUGCACCUCGGCCAAGAUGCGCGCCCGGGUGGCCGCUCGCCUCGGGGACGAAGCCCGCCAGCUCCGCGAGCUCUUCAGCCGCUUGGAUUCGGCUUCGCCCUGGCUGGACUCGGUGGUGCCGCGGCUGCGGGAGCUGCUGGUGCUGGAGGACACGGCAGCGCUGCAGAUGGAGGUGGGCGUCCUGGUGAGGGACUUCCCCGACGUCCGGCGGGAGCACGUGGCGGCGAUGCUGGACGUGCGGGGGCUGCGGGGGCAGGCGGCGCGGCAGGAGAUUUUGGGGGUGCUGCAGGACGUGGAGCCGGGGCCCCCCCGCCAUCGCGCCUUCUUCGCCCAGUUGCCGGUGGCCCGCCAGGUCCGCUGCUUGCCCUUCCACUGGCCGCGGCUGGCGCGGCUCGCCCGCCCCCGCCUGCCGCGCCCCCACCCUCCGCGGCCGUGAGUACCCCGAAAACGGGUGACCACCCCCCCCCAGAGAGGGGUGCAUCGCCGCACCCCAAAACUGGGGGACCGCCUUCCCCAGGGAUGGGCGCAUCACUGCAUCCCAAAGCCGGGUGCGACGCUGUGCCCCGAAACUGGAUGCCCGCUUGGGGCCCCCCCGCCCGUGUAUAAAUGGU